UGUCUCUCUCUCUCUCUCUUCCUGUGUAUUACCCCCUUCCUCUCCCCCCACCCCCCGUCGGAUACCCCCUUACUCUGUCUUUCUUUCUCAAUUUUCAUAUCUUUGUCUGAAGGAUUUGUAGACACUUAUACGUGUAUGAAGAAGAGUUACAAGAAGAAUAAGAUACUCUUAGUGUAGUGUGGAGAGUAGAGAACAGGAAAAAUUUGGAAAAAGAAAAGUUUAUCGAUCUGUUUGAUAUUUAUUUAAGGAUAAUAUCGGAAUUAUUGAAGAUUAUAUAACGUUUUUAUAAUGGAACGCUUAUUGGCUAGUGUAGCCAUAUCUAUAGGAACUGUUGUUCAACCGAGAAAUGAUGAUGAUAUAAUGGCACGUUUAAGUCACCGAUAUACGACAUUUUUACUCGCUCUCUGCUCAAUUGUGGUAACAACCAAACACUACGUUGGUGAGCCUAUUAACUGUUGGGUACCAGCUCAAUUCACAGAUAACCAUGAAGAUUACGCAAACAAAGUAUGUUGGGUAUCAAAUACUUAUUACAUUCCUUUUAAGCAAAGAAUACCAAACGUCGAUGCUCCGAGAGAAAUGAUUGGGUAUUAUCAAUGGGUUCCUUUAAUAAUGUUGUUGCAAGCUGCAGCCUACUAUUUGCCAGUUAUGAUAUGGAGAUGGCUUAGUUUUGGUUCAGGAAUUGACUGCCAUGACAUCAUUUAUACAGCAAAAUCUUUACAGAAUGUUUGCUAUGAACAGGAUAGAGAAAAAACCAUGAGAUAUCUAACAGGGCAAAUUGGGAGGUAA